AUGGAUGAUCCAAGCAGGGUGUCUACUCAAAGUUCGACGGAGGAAUACCGGACCCCUAUUCCUCAAAGAAAUGAACAACUACUUCCCGUUGUUGUGCCUCUUCUUCCUGUUCAUCUGCAAAACUCACCCAUUCUGCAAACGCGUCGACGCGCUUUCGUUGCUGAAGAUUCUGACGACAACUCAGAUGAUGAUACAGUGACCAGUGGUGCAAGAUGCCGAUCAUUAGAAAAGUCGAAGUUGAUUUCGAAAUCGGAUCAUUCAAUGAAACAACGCUGUUCAUACGAACAUGAUGAAUCUAAUUCAUCUUCAAUCAUUACAGAUAAUGUUAGUUCUGGUUCGUCUGGACAUUUGAAUGGACAUAAAGAUGGUGUUAUAAAAAGGAAACGAAAACAUUUACAACAACUUUAUCAACCUCCAGUUGAGAUAUUGUUUAAUGGAACAAUACAUGCUGCUAAAUUUGCUGCACAAGAAAAACAUGCUUGGUUACUUGUCAGUAUACAUGAUGAAGGAUGUUUUGACUGUCAUUUGUUAAAUCGUGAUGUUUGGAAAGAUUCGAAAAUCUAUCAACUUAUUAAACGUCAUUGUAUUUUUGUACAAAUACCUGCGGAUAGUUCUGAAGGUUUACGCUUUCGUAGUACUUAUUCUUAUGUACAAUCCGCUUCUCAUAUAGCUAUUUUGGAUCCGUUUACAGGCGAGCAGAAAAUGAUGUGGACGCAUUUGAAUGAUCCAAAAAUUGUAUAUGAUGUUUUAUCUCAAUUUAUACAACACACUACACUGACUAAUCCAAAUAACAGUACCACUACUACUACUACUACUAAUGGUGGAAUCAACUUUACUACUGAUAAUGGCCAAGGCAGUGUUGGUAGUGGUAGUAGUACUGAUAGUGUUAACGCUGCUGGAGACCAUAGAACUGAUUCAACUAGUAUUGGCAAUCAUUCUAUUCUACGAAGAAGAAAACAGCCAGCUGAUGAAAUCCACCAACAAUUUGAUCGUUUCAUGAUGAAACGGCCACGUUUACAAACAUCAGACAAUGAUGUUGAAUAUAUCGAUUUGUCGAAUAGUGUACAUUCAUCUCAAACAACUUGUACUACUACUACUACUACUACUACUACCACUAAUCCAUUAGAUUUAACCGAAGAAGAACAAUUGCAACUCGCAAUUGAAGCAUCUAAAAAGGAGAUUAAACGAAAACCGUUCACACAUGAUGACAAUGAGAUCAUUCUUACAGACGAUGACGAUGAUGGUGACGAAGAUGGUGAUGAUCACGAUGAAGAUGAGUAUUUGAACGGUGUUCGAUAUUCGGCCACUGAUCUCGACCGACAACAACAACGUGAUCAAGAACGAGCUAAACGAACUAAAUAUACCAAUGAAGAUGAUAAUGAUGAUGAUGAUGAUGAUGACUGUGUUGUAGUCAACUGUUCAGAUAAAAAACAGCCUAGUAAUAGUAGUAGUUCAGCAUUUGUUUCAUCAACCACAGCUCUUAUUACCUCAAGACGACCUUUACGCCCGACAGAUCAAUUGAAUGAUGAUUUGAAAUCAGAUGCUUUAACUGAAUUACCAAGUCCAGCGGUGGGUGAACCGGUUAUGGAAUUACUUUUUCGUUUACCUGAUGGUAAACGUGAAGUGUAUCGACUACAACCUACUUUAACGUUACGGGAUUUACAUUCCUUCUUUGAAUAUCGUGGUUAUCCGGCUAAUCAAUAUGAAAUUUUACGUAUUCAUCCUAGUUUACGUCUUUCCUCUAUGCCUCCAUUGAUUUCGCUGACUACUGCCGGUGUUUGCACCAAAGAUACAUUGUUUAUACAAGAACGUUAA